GCUAAUUGAGACAAGUAGAGAAAAAAAGAAAAAGAAAAGAUAAACAUGUCAGCUAUUAUAGAAUGGUAUAAAGACAUAAUGUACAAUAGAAAUGAUCCUCGAACGAAAGAUUGGUUUCUGGUUUCCGGACCAGGCCCAUUAUUUACUAUUCUGGUUACUUAUUUAUAUUUUUCUAUAUCCGCUGGACCUAGGUAUAUGAGGGAGAAAAAACCAUACAAUUUGAAAAAUACAUUGAUAGUUUAUAAUUGUAUUCAAAUAAUAAUGAGCGUUUACAUCGUUUACGAAGGCCUCAUGUCAGGAUGGUGGAAUCAAUACAAUUUUUAUUGUGAACCAGUUGAUUAUUCGGAUGAUCCAAUUGCAUUAAGGGUUGGUUUGUAUACAUAA